AACACACUACUGUACACAGACAAUAAUGCUCGUUUAUGUAUAUCUACUGUCAUAUUUAUCAGCGGUUAGAGCAGGUAAGUAAGAUUACAGAUGUUCUUUGCUUCUACAGAUGUGCUUUUAACCAUUCGCCGUAGAUACUAUAGGCUGUGUGAACAACUAAAAGUAGAAAACGUUUAGAAGCAUUUAAUCACAAUAUAGUGCAGCUUUUGCAACAAUAUAGCCGUAAGAUGUGUUUAAAUCAUCUCUUUUAAUUUUGCCUUUUUACUCAUGAAAAAGCCUCCUCGAAAGUGAAAUUACGUAAAAGCGAAAGCAUAGAGUUUGCCGAGUGAAUUCUCGUUUAUCACGAAAUGUCUCAUAUGACACCUAUACUAUACCUGUAUUACUACUUUCCAAAGGUUCUCACUCACUGAUGGCGUUCGCAACAUAUAUAAUCGGACAGACACCAUUUCCAGAGUUCAGUGCCGUAGUGAUGCUGGAUGAUCUUCAAAUAAUGUACUAUGACUCGAUCACACGGCAAGCUGUCCAUCGCUCUUAUGAUGAUUCAAAACACUACGAUGAAGAGAAAAGUGAUGCUGGUGUCAUAUUUCGUGAUAUGUACAACGACAUGAAAGGUCGAGCAUUUUAUCUUAAGGAGCACCUAAAUCACACAGACGGUGUACAUGUUCACCAGAGACUUGCUGGAUGUGAAUUACUGAAUGAUGAUAAACCAGGUCCACUUCAGACAUGGGAUGCUUUUGAUCAAAAAAAUAAAGAGGAGUUCAUUUUCAACGAAGAGAAAAAUAAUUUCCAAAUUGAAUUGCCAUGGAUAAUGUGGGACAAUUUACAGUUUGCUCAUAUGAAAUUUUUAUAUAAAACCGUAUAUCAUCCUGUUUGCAUUAAAGUUUUGCAGAGUUACCUGCAAAUGAAAAAGAACAAUGUGAUGAGAAAAGUGAAGCCCAGAGUCAGACUCAUGAAGAAGACACUCACAGACUCUCAAGGGCUUCAGAUCAGCUGUCUGGCCACUGGUUUUUACCCCCGUCACAUUAACCUGACCCUGUUCAGAGAUGGUCAGCCUGUGGAUGAUGAUCAGAUCACAGGAGGAGAGAUUCUGCCCAACGGAGACGGAACUUACCAGAUGAGGAAGAGUUUGGUGAUCAGUGAAGAAGAGCUACGUGAGGAACAUAAAUACAACUGCACAAUAAAGCACCUCAGUCUGGACAACAAACUGGACAUUACAUUUGAUGUGGCUGACCCAGGAUCCUUCAGUCAGUCUGUAGUUUUCAGUGUGCUGGUGUUCAUGUGUGUGGUUGUUCCCAUCAUAACUGCACUCAUCAUAUGGAGGAAGAGACAAGCUGCUGGGGAUCUGAUACGUCAAAGAGUGAUUAUUCCCUUACUCCAUCUUCUGUGCAAGAUGAAACAUAAAAAGUGAGUCUGCAUGAGCCUAUAUUAUAUUCAAGAUAAUACAUGAAAAACUUAUAAAGCCUUACCAUUUACUUGGUGGAUGCCAUUUGUGUUACGAUAGUAAUUUCAACGAUA